AUGAUCAGCACCAACCAUCACCAUCACCACAGCAGCAAACAGACACCAGCAACAAUAGGAUCCCACUCUUCCAAGGUGGAUGCUGCCAAGCGACCAAGAACAUCAACUGCUUGCGUUCGCUGCCAUUUGAAAAAAGUCCGUUGUGACGGCCGCCGUCCAAAUUGUGAUCGUUGCGCAGCCAACGAUAAAAUGUGUGCCUAUCCAACUCGACGGCGAUCACGUAAUACUCAGCCAGCCGAUGUUGACCCGUUCAUCGACGAUUUAUCGCAGCUGGAAGAACGAAUCCGAGGAAUCGAAACUGAACAGGAAGCACUCUGGCAUGUGUUUCAACAACUACAACAUCAACAACAACAGACUGCAACAACAACAGCAGCAGUCGAUAUGGAAAGUAAUAGUAGUAGUCAUGCUGACCUGAUGAGUCGAUUGACUACCAUUGACCAACAAGUCCAGACCUCGCGGGCGAGCCUGGCUCGUCAACGACUCUUGCGUGAACAGCAUAUUGCACGUAAAAAACAACUUGGAGAAAAACAUCAACGAUCAGCAUCAUCAUCCACCUCGUCUUCUUUGAAAAGCAGUAUCAAUAACAAGGAUGACAAGCAGCAAGAACAGCAGCACCCAACAAUACCGACUACUGAUAGUAAUACCGCCACUGUUACAACAACACCAGUAGUAGCUACUCAACAACAGUACCCAUAUCAUCAUCAUCAUCAUCAUCAUCAUCCCUAUCAUCAACAGCAGCAACCUCCAUGGAUUGUCAAUAACGAUUUUACAUACUGGUUCCCAAUGAACGAAGAGAAUGAAUACUUUUCAGCAGCUGUUGCAGCUGCCGCUGCUGCGCAACCGCAGCCAAAGAACGAAUUGCUGUCACCCAGCGAGCUCAAUUUAAUGACAACACCACCACCACCACAACAACAACAACAACCACUUUUGUAUCCAUCGUCGUCCACAUCUACUGUCCGCUCGUCAUCUUCGGUGUCACCUUCGUCCUCCAAUACGGCUUUGCCGUCCAUGCAUCAAGACUUUGCUCCUUCUCCUACUCAUCCCCAUGGCAACAACAGCACUCAUAGUAUGGGUGGAAACGGUAUUCACAAUGACAUGGUGGUCGAUCCAUCAUCGUACGGUCUCAUGCAUUUUGUUAUGGACGAGGACCCUCUGAUGCUCAACUAUCCUCAGGAAGGCGAUCCUUGGCUUGGCCAUCCUGCUCGCUUGUAA